AUGUCAUCAAGUUAUGAUAUUGGAGAUAAUUUUGAGUGCCUCGUACUUUCUCGUCCUCGUCAUUCUUUAAAUCCUAAUUUUUCCAGACCUAGUUACGCUGCUUGGCCUGAAAAUAAUCUACAAAGAACUGGAAGCGCUUCGUGGCCACAUGGACGCUUAUCCCUUGCUCUCUUUAAUAGACCUAUGCCGGGAGAUAGAGGAAAAGAUAUCACGGGCACAUAUCACGGAUUCUCAGUAGUGAUACCAUCACCGAACAGUUUUGGGGGUGUUCGUGAUUUCGCGUCGGUUCCGUGCUGGGCCGGAGGGAAUUAUAAGCCAGCAGAUUUUGGAGGAAGUAAGAACGAACUUGGGAAAGGUCUGGGAUUUGGAAGAGAGAAUUAG